GGUCACUCCGUGAUCUACGGGCGGAAACGGCACAACCGGCAAACAAACACAAGCAAGCUAUAAAACAAGCUCAAAUGGAAAUGACAAUAGGAAUUGAUAUGAAGGAGAUAUUGGGUUUAUAGUUUUGGUUGGUAAAUAGAAUGAUUUGGGUUAGGUGCUCACGGCCUGGUGGAUGUUUUAGGUCUUUAUUAGUAUUGCGGAGUUAAUGGUCGGGGCUGCCUGCCAUCUUACCUUGGCGUGCAACAGCUCGAGAAAUAGGGUCAACUGUUGGGGCUUCGUCUCGUGAGUGAGCUGGGCUCGUGGGGAGUGGUUAGCAGAGUGAAGCGGCUCGGUGUGCUUGGGCUGGUGAUGGAGUUCGUCACGGCUUCGCUCCUUUUAUAGGCGAGGGGAGUAGCAGCGGCGUCGCACGGGGACGGGCGACGGCGUGGGCUGCGGCAGCUCGCCGUCAACUCAAAUAGUGACGGUGCUGAGGGCGCGAGCGUCGAGGUAGCAAAGCCGGCGAGGACGCUGCGGUGGCGUGGGCGAGGUGGGGACACGGAGGUGGGCGGCACGGCGCGGUGCCGGCGGCAGUGCGCGGCCCCGUCGUGGGGCCGGCGUGUCGCGCGUGCGCGGGCGAGAGCGAGCGUGCGCGGCGGAAAAAUAUCUCGGCCGGCACUGUGCAUGACGGUUUAUUCCAAGGUCAAUGGUGUGAGUACUUUGUGGUUUCCAGGGGAUGAUGAAGUUAUUGCGAAGGAAGUAGGCGCUGUUAUGAUUAUCUGAGAAUUAGGGCGUGGUGCGGUGACUUGAGAGGCUUCUGGUUACUUAGUGUACCGGGUCCUUUUGAAUCACAACUUCUAUACUAAGUACUUAAGUUUAACUAGAAGACUAACGCUUAUAAAAACACUUACCUUAUUGGAGCGGCAAAGUCCCGAAGGAACACGCGCCUUUGAGUGGCUAGUCCAGCACUAACCCUCCUAGCCCUACCACAACCUAUCUACCUUACUCAUGGGUGUUUGUCAUGGCAAGGAGGGGGGCUCUAUUUAUAGGUCAAGAGAAGCCAUGGUAUUAGGACAAGUGUCCUCCUUCUAGAGAAUUCUAAAAUAUCUUAAUAUUUUCAAAAUUUUAUUUAUUACUAUUUCUAGAGUCCUCCAUGGAAAAUAUCUCCCCCUUGCUUAGUGGAGAAGGAUCCUUGAGAAUAUUUUAUUCUUGCUUAGGGGUUAAGGAUCUAGAGAAUUGCCUUGGAAAUAUCUCACUAUUGCUUAGGGGCUAAGGAUCUUAGAGAGUUGCCUUGCAUCUUCUUCAAAGUGAUGAAAAUUGGGAUGUUACACUAGGUGUGGUGGUGGAGGCUGGAGGCAGGAGCUGGUAGAGCGAGCCAGUGCUAUUGCACCUGCUGAUCAAACGCCUGGUCCGGAGGUCCUUCACAGAAAAACCAAAGGGAUCAAACUCGACAGAGCAAUUAUUAUCGGUUGUAAAUUGGCGAACAGAAACAAGGUUUUUGAUGAUGUGAGGGGCGACAAGAACAUUGUUAAGGUGGAGAGAACCGACAUGUGCAGUGCCGGUGGACAUGACUGGAAGAGCAGAACCAUCCCCCACAAUGAUUGUGGAAGGUGUGGAAGUGGAUGGGGGAUGGGAAAAAGAAAGUAUACCGGAGCUGGAGGCCAUGUGUGUUGUUGCGCCAGAAUCCAUGUACCAUUCACCCAUUGAUGGGGAGGGGGGGUGAGAGUUAUGGUGUUGAAGGCCCCAGCAAGGGCCUAUUGGUCCCAGCCCACCAAGGGCGGCCCACUGGGUGCACCAGCCCAGGGACCGGCCUGAGGAGGAGUGCCGGCCUAGGGCACGGCGGACUGAGCAGCCCACGGGGCAGGCAGUCCUGUCCCCCCCCCCCCGAAGGGGAAGGCCACGAGAGUGGCUAGGCCGCCGGGGAGACUGGCCCGGUAUUGCUGGGGUAGGACAGCAUGGUGGGUCCUCCGGUGGGGGCGCCGGUGACGGGGGCGACAGGGCCGCCAAGGAGAGCCUGCGACUGUGGAGCUGUGGCUGACGGCGGGCGCGGUCCGGGCCACAUCUGGAUCGUGCCAAUCCACGGAUUGUAGAAGCUGGGCCAAGCAGCGCCACUGGCAGCUAGAGAUGCGCCGGAGGUGGGAGCGGCACCGCCGCGGCUGCCACCACCCCCGGGGACAGGGCCUCCGUUGGCCCCCUUGUUCUUGCGGCGGCGACGGCCCCCACCCGAGGUUGGUGCAGGGGAUGGGGGGCCGGCGGUAAGGGCCAUGGGGGCAGACGGCGGAGGAGCAAUGGGCGGCGUGACGGUGGACGGAGCACCCAGGGAGAGUUCCUCGACCUGGAGUUCGGAGCGGAUCUCGGCGAAGGAGGGAAGCGGCCGCUGUCGCUUAAGGUAGGGGCAGAGGUGAGCGAAGCGGUCGUUCAGGCCACAGAGGACAUUGAUGACGAGGAGGCGGUUGGAGAUGGGCUCGCCGAGCUCGGUGAGGGAGUCAGCGAGGGUUUUCAUCUGGCGACAGUAAUCCGUGACGGAGAGGGCACCCUGCAUCAAGGUGCGGAACUCGGUGUCGACGAGGACGAUCCGGGUUUCGUGAUUGCCGACGAACUGUUCUUCAAGGGCGAGCCAGGCGGUGCGGGCGGACGGCGAGGCGGUGGUGACGAUCUCGAACAGCUCGGAGGUGAUGGAGCCGUAGAUCCACGAGAGGACAUGGAGAUCCAUCCGGACCCAGUGAGGGACGGCAGGAUAGGCGGCAUCGCACAAGACGUGGUCGGCGAGCGCGUACUUGCCAAGGGCGAGGAGGAGAAGGUGCCGCCACUUGGAGAAGGACGGCGUGGCGAGGUCAAGCACCGUCGAGAUGAGAGCAUGGACGUUGAGGAUGCCGAGAGCCUGGGCGUGCAGGGCAGAGACGCUGGUGGCGUCCGGGUCAGCGGCGUCAUCGCCGGCAGGGGCGUUGCCUCCGCCGGCUGCGGCGGCAUCGGCGUCAUCGGCUUCCUGGAGGAGGCGCUGCGCGGCAGCCAGGGCGCGCUCGUGACGAGCGACGUCUUCCUGGAGGCGCCGGCGCGCGGCGGCCACGACGGCCGCGGCGUCCUGCUGUGCCUGGAGGGUGGCGGCUGCCUCGGUCUCGCGGCGACGCGCGGCAUCGGCCUGCUCCCGCACGAGGCGACGGGCCUCGGCAUCGCGGAGCUCGGCAGCAACGGCAGCGUCGUCAGCCAUCGACGGCGGGAGAGAUUAGGAGCGGAAGAAACAAGACGGGAGGGCGGCCAUGAUUACAGGAGCCAAGAAAUCCUCUGUCUAACAUUCAACUUCACCGGUUCAUGGAAGAAUGAUGAUGAGGCUAUGAAAGCCCUUGCGAUCUAUGGCUAGAGGAUGAGGCUCAUGCUAAGAAUGGCGAGGGUAGUGGAGUAAGUUCCUACUUCUCUUCUUUCCCUUCCCCUCCCCGCUGGACAUUGUCUUGUGUUCCUUUUAUUAAAACAAGUUACAUUUGCCUCUGAACAACACAAAAUGUAUGUUUUUCACUUGUCUGGGUGUUUGCUUGAUUUGGUCAGAACAAUAUCACUGCUGCAGAGAAAAGCCAAGGCAGAUGACAAGGAGGGGACAAGGAGGUCUCAUUCCUAAUGCUAAUUCCUUCUAUUUUUCUUAUCACGACUUUGACAUAGUAGACUAUACCACCCCUGCAUAGUGUGGAUUUAAGACAAGUGACACUUGCUUUUCAUUGUAGCCAACAUUCUACUCUAUAAUGAU